CUCUCUCCUCUUUCUCUCGCACUUCCCCUUGGCUGCGUUUGGUCUCCUUUCACCUUCACUAAUCAUAACCACCCUUAAUGGCCGUCGCCGCACUUAAAAUCGCCUCCACCGGCCUUUUCUCCACCGCUCCAUCUCCUUCCGGCUGCCAGAAACUACCGCCGUGCCACAACCACCUCCUUCCCCUCACUAAACCCACCUCAAAAAUUGCCCUAACAUCCUCUCGCAACAGAGUUGGGUUCACCACGUGCAAGGCUACUGAAGUGUCUCCACCACCGCCGUCAUCAUCAUCAUCCUCUUCGGCCGGCGACGAUGGGAAGAACUGGGUUCCGGUAGUGCCGCUAUCGGCGCUGCCGAAGGGAGAGCGGCGCGUGAUCAUACAAGACGGGGAGACAAUAUUGCUGCUGUGGUAUAAAAACGACGUCUUUGCUAUUGAGAACCGAUCUCCAGCUGAGGGUGCCUAUUCUGAAGGCCUCCGCAAUGCUAAGCUCACUCAGGAUGGAUGCAUCGUCUGCCCAUCAACUGAUAGCACAUUUGAUUUGCAAACGGGAGAAAUCAAAGAGUGGUACCCUAAGAAUCCCGUGCUUAGAGCACUCACCCCCCCUCUAAGAAAAAUGUUCGUUUAUCCAGUCAAAACUGACGGUGAUAAUAUCUUCAUUAGCAUAAGAAGAACCAUCCAAUCCGAUGCUUCUACUGAGAUCGUUUUCAGCGGCAAGGCUCAACCUGGUUUAACGGCUUCAAAUGUCAAUGUUGAUGAGGUGAAAAUGAUUAUUGAUGAAGAUUCUGAGGGAUUUGGUUUCACAAGGAAGAACGAAUUGAUAAACGGAAAGGCGGCUGUUAUCGGAUUCUUAUUGCUGUUGGAUUUCGAACUGCUGACCGGUAAAGGGCUACUCAGGGGAACUGGUUUCUUGGACUUCAUUUAUUCAGUUUCGAAUGCUCUGCAAUGAUUCUUACAGAGAUGAGAUCAAAGUGUUGAUGUUUUUUGCCUGUCUUUCUUUCAUUCUUGUGCCUGCUUGCUUAUAUUUCCUGGAACAUGGUUUAUAGGAAGUAAAAACUUAUAUUGGUCCUUGUAUAUUUAUUUAUUUACUGUGAUUAAAUUCCAUCACCUGACAUUAUAACCGAAUGAAAUGUAUCCAAAUUUGUUUUGUACCUCGUACAA